AUGUCGGAUGCUCCCGAGACGAGUACCAUCCAAUGUUCACUCCCACCUCAUCGAGAACUGUUAAGCUUCUCCAACAUUGAAGGAUUUGAAGUUCACUAUUCCAAAGAACAUUCCAAUCGUUGCUCUUCAUGUGGGAAGAACUUUCCAACCGCCCAUUUUCUGGCAUUACAUACUGAUGAGAAUCACAACACCUUUCGUGAGGCUCUACAAGCUAAAGGUGAGAAGACCUACGCAUGUUUUGUCCAAGGCUGUGAGAAAGUUUGUUCUACUCCACAAAAGCGCCGUCUUCAUUUGAUCGAUAAACACUUGUUCCCCAAGAUAUACAAUUUUAGAAUUGUGGAUACCGGCAUCGACAAAUCUACCUCAAUGCUCCAUGAGAGUCGAAGGAGAAGAGUUUCUACCGCAACUGACCCGCCUCAGCCUAGUGGGCAUCAGAGGAAGGAUUCUAGGACCGGGGCCAUUUCGAAAAAGCAAUCAUCUCCUGUACCACCAUUGUCGGAGGGUGAACUGAUGAGGACGAAAGCGAAUAUCGAAACCCAAGAUCGCAAUCUGGUCGAGAGUGUCUCGGAUAAUACCAUCAAAGAGCUUGAGCAAUCCAUGUCGUCUUUACGCUUUGUACCACCGAGUGUUGCGAAUAAGGUACGUAACAAGCCAAAACAGCGCUGA